AUGGCUAGUGUCAGGCAACACCGUGGUCGUGAUCUUCAAUCCCACCACGCCAAGAAAGGCGUGCAUGGGUGUGAUUUACACAGUGGAGUAAGCUUGGUUGUUGCAGGUGGAAAGAUGAGGGGCUGGUUUAGGUUGGCUGGUGGUGGUUUCUGUGUAUUGGAGUUGGCUGCAAUGAAGAGUGUUGCACAGAAUUGUGCCCCCUCUGAAUUUUUGAAAAUAUAUUAUGCCACCAUCUUGCAGAUAUUUGAGCUGUUUGAUGUGAAGCAAAAGGGCGUUAUUGAUUUUGUUGACUUUGUUCUAUCGCUUAAUGUAUUUCACCCAAAUGCACCGCAUGAUGACAAAGUUGAUUUUUCCUUCAAGCUUUAUGAUUUGGAUGGUAAUGGCUUCAUUGAGAGGAAAGAGGUAAAUUGGAAACCUUUCUAUCAGCGCCCUCUAUGUUAUCCGGCUGGAAUUCAUGAUUGUGCUAUGGAAUUGAUCUUUGCAGAUAAUAAGGGUAAAAGAAAAUUACAUGUAAAACAGAUGUUAAUUGCUCUUCUUUCCGAGUCUGACAUGAAGUUGUCAGAUGAAACAGUUGAGCUCAUUUUAGACAAGACUUUCAUGGAUGCAGAUGUUAAUCGUGAUGGAAAGAUCGAUAAAUCAGAAUGGCAAAACUUUGUUUCCCGCAACCCAUCAAUGAUGAAGAUAAUGACACUUCCAUAUCUGAGGGACAUCACAACAACGUUUCCAAGUUUUGUAUUCAAUUCAGAGGUUGAUGAUAUAGCUGCGUGAUACAAACUUUCAUAAUCAAAAUAAAUCAAUCCAUUGCGGAUCAUAUUUGGUUCCCUGAAGUGUGUAUGCCCCGAAGAAUGUAAAGCAUUUACAUUAUUCUACGCAGAGAGAUGCGAUUGAUUUUUCAUUGAUUUCUGCAAUCAGUGAGUUUUAUGACAAUUUUUGGGUGUUGGUGUAAGAUAUAUGGGUGGAGGCAUCUCUCUGUCUUUUUUUUUGGUCAUUAUAUUGUGUAUAACUUAGCCCUGUGCUCAUGUACAUUUGACGCAGGUGGCAUUCUAGGCUAUGCCCUAAUUUUAGCAUGGCGGAGAACGUGUAGUUUUUGUGGCAUCAGCAGGUAACUUUUAUGGCCUUAUUUUGGCAGAAAA